GCCGCGGCCGGGGACGGUGUGAGAGCGGUAAGAUGGCGGCAGCGGCGGUGGUGGAGUUCCAGAGAGCCCAGUCUCUACUCAGCACCGACCGGGAGGCCUCCAUCGACAUCCUCCACUCUAUCGUGAAGCGUGACAUUCAGGAAAACGAUGAGGAGGCAGUGCAGGUCAAAGAGCAGAGCAUCCUGGAACUGGGGUCUCUCCUGGCGAAGACUGGACAAGCUGCUGAGCUUGGAGGACUUCUGAAGUAUGUACGACCCUUCUUAAAUUCCAUCAGCAAGGCUAAAGCAGCUCGUCUAGUCCGAUCUCUUCUUGAUCUGUUUCUUGAUAUGGAAGCAGCUACAGGGCAGGAGGUUGAGCUGUGUUUAGAGUGCAUCGAAUGGGCAAAAUCAGAGAAAAGAACUUUCUUACGCCAAGCUUUGGAGGCAAGACUGGUGUCUUUGUACUUUGAUACCAAGAGGUACCAGGAAGCAUUGCAUUUGGGUUCUCAGCUGCUACGGGAGUUGAAAAAGAUGGAUGACAAAGCCCUGUUGGUGGAAGUACAGCUUUUAGAAAGCAAAACAUACCAUGCCCUGAGCAACCUGCCGAAAGCCCGAGCUGCCUUAACCUCUGCUCGAACCACAGCAAAUGCCAUCUAUUGUCCCCCUAAAUUGCAGGCCACCUUGGACAUGCAGUCAGGUAUUAUUCACGCAGCAGAGGAGAAGGACUGGAAAACUGCGUAUUCAUACUUCUAUGAGGCAUUUGAGGGUUAUGACUCCAUUGAUAGCCCCAAGGCCAUCACAUCUCUGAAGUACAUGUUGCUGUGCAAAAUCAUGCUCAACACCCCAGAAGAUGUCCAGGCUUUGGUGAGCGGAAAGCUUGCACUUCGAUAUGCAGGGAGGCAGACAGAAGCAUUAAAAUGCGUGGCUCAGGCUAGCAAGAACAGAUCACUGGCAGAUUUUGAAAAGGCCCUGACAGAUUACCGGGCAGAGCUCCGGGAUGACCCAAUCAUCAGCACACACUUGGCCAAGUUGUACGACAACUUACUGGAACAGAAUCUGAUCCGAGUCAUUGAGCCUUUUUCCCGAGUACAGAUUGAACACAUAUCUAGUCUCAUCAAACUCUCCAAGGCUGAUGUGGAAAGAAAAUUAUCACAGAUGAUUCUUGACAAGAAAUUUCAUGGGAUUUUGGACCAGGGGGAGGGUGUCCUGAUUAUUUUUGAUGAACCCCCAGUAGAUAAAACUUAUGAAGCUGCUCUGGAAACAAUUCAGAACAUGAGUAAAGUAGUGGAUUCUCUGUACAACAAAGCCAAGAAACUGACAUAGAGUUGGAUCUGUAGCGGUCCUUUGGAGAGUGUGUGUGGCGGGAGAGUGAAACCUUGGGGGAAAAUGCUAGGAGAUUCUUUUUUCUUUUUGUUCUACUUUUCGCUCGGAAAGUUUUUAAAUCCUCAUUUGGUGCAUCUGUAUUCCAGCCGAUAGGUGUGCCAGUUUUCAUGUAAUCUUUACUGGCCCAACUUGGGAGUGGGGAAAUUGCUUAAAAAAAAGAAAAAGGAAAAAAAAAGAUUAUUCUAAAUAAAAGGAAAAAGGCUUACACUACCUAAAGCUGUGCUCUCUGCCUCCUGGGAGAGGGCCGCAAAGCCAGGCACCCCGCCAGCCACUGGGGGUCCUAAUCUACCUGCUGGGUGUCACCUCUCCUCUUCAGAAUUGGGUGUUUGCUGACCAUCAAAAGCAAUGACUUUUUAUUCUGUUUGUACUGAACCAAAACAAACAACUGUGUGUAGACUGCUGUUUUCUUUUUUAUUUGAAAUGAGGCAUUUUGGUGUUCUUUCCCUUGCCAUAUGGCCUGUCCACCCUUCCCUCCUCCCAACAUUGGCUCCAGCAAACUAGCCGAAGGUCCCGCCGCCGCCACCACAGCAGCAGAAGCAGCAGCAGCAGCAGCAGCACCUGCAGCACCUGCACGGCUCCACUCUGAUGUGUGAACGAAUGGGGACAAAGCCAGGAGCUAGUGUCCACCACGGCCACACGGGGAGCAGUGUGGGCCCUUAGCCCCCAGGGGGCCUGCUGUGCAUGUGGCUUUUUUUUAACACAGUAAACUAGAUUAGACGUCAGUGUUUUAAUUGCUCCUCUCCUUUCCUCUCUCCUCCUCUCCCCGCCUCUCCCUUCUCACCUCCCCCCCCAUACUCUCUUCUUCCCCUCUUUCCCUUCUGUCAACCAGGAGACCAUCACGUCUCCCUUCCUCCUCCCUCCAGAGGAGUUGGGCUUUCUGAAAUCCAUCAGCUUCUCUCCCUCUCCCACUUCUCUCCUGCUGUCAGAUGGAUUUAUUCCUUUUCUAAACAGUGAACAUUGGAAAUGAGACUGUGGGUUUUUUUUUUUUUUUUUUAAAUUUUCCUUUUUGAGUUUUUGAGCAACCUCAUGUCCCCUUCCAAGGGAGCUUCCUUAUUUACCUCUUAGAACUUGGAUGGAUGGGAGGUAGAGCACUGUAUUUCAGCAUGCUUUGUUUUCUGGUGCGAUUACAAUAGCAAGGCUUUAAUGCCAUUUGGGCAGGUAAGCUUCUGCACCUUUGUUGUACUUAACUAUGUUUUCUUCUCUCAUCUCCUCUUUGUCUUUUCUCUUUUUCCUCUCCCCCUUUUCCUGCCUCCUUCCUGCUGGCCUUCUUUUCUCUUUCUUUACCUUUCUCAGAUUAUCCUUCCAGGUUUUCGUAAUAAAUUUAUAUUUUGUAAAAGGAUUUUGUUGUACAAGGUUUUGCAUCUUCACUGAAUCUGACUGGCUUUUAUUUUCUUCUCCAAAAUCAGGUUUUUGUUCUUAACAUCUUCUCUCCCCAUCAUGUCCAGUCACUGUUUUGGUUUUGGCACCAUCAAUAUCAAAUGUACAAACGGUUCUUGCUAACCAACACCAGGUAUAUCUGAUGUUCAGAUGAGUUCCAAUAAAAAUAAUUUUUUUUUCAAAA